UGACGUAGCAGUAAAGGGGCCGGACAGAGUUCCGUGAAGCUAACCGGUUGACCUUGCUGCUUACCGUUGACCGAACACAACCCACGGCGCAGAGAAAACGCGACAGGUCCGAGUUUACGUGAUAGCUGGUUGAUACCUCUGUGUCCGAUGGCAGCGGUCCACAACUCCGGUUUCAGGUUAACCAAAGAACAUUUCUUGGUUGCCGUGCCGGUGGCCGUCGUCUCGGCAGCUGCGGGUUUCCUGGUCAGCCGCUACCUGAGCAGCCGCUGCUGCACGAAGCGUCACGUGAACACUUCCUUCAGCAAAGACAGCCCCAAAGUGGUGCACAGCUUCGACAUGGAGGACAUCGGCGCCAAGGCCGUCUACUGCCGCUGCUGGAAGUCUAAAAAGUUCCCGUACUGCGACGGCGCCCACGCCAAGCACAACGAGGAAACCGGAGAUAACGUCGGGCCGCUCAUCAUCAGAAGGAAAGAUGCAUAGCGCGCCGCUGGAGACGAACCCGACCCGCCCGAUCAUUCGUCAGCGCCGCUGUGUUCUCCCUGCGGACGAAUCCAGAACACACUGCAGAUGUUUUUUUGUUUUUUUCAUAAUUCCCAAAAUUGUCGCACUGAUCAACAUGUUUGAAACGGGAUCCAGGUCAAGGGACUGCGACAAUCAUUGCGGUUGGCGUUGGGGCGUCGGUUCCCGGGGUCGUCGCCCAUGAACAGAGCAGGCGGUCCAAACAUGAAAUCGUCGCCGCGCUUCUGCAUCGGUCCAGCGUUUUAUGUCGAACCCAGCACAGGCCUUAUUAUAUCUUUUGUUUGGCGAACACGGCAACCCAUAUGAAUGUGACGCGAAAAUGUUCAGGUUUGUUUUGCUGCUUCGUGGCGUUUGUCUUAAACGGGGGAGAAAAAUGUUUAUCGUUGAAACACUAUCUACUGUUUGUGUGCGGCUUCCUGAUCAAACUGCGUCUGAAGGUUAAAACCUCUUAACGGAUCUGUUUUGCUUCUUCAUCAGAUUGAUUUUUGUAUUUUUUUUUUUUCCUUUCGUGUACUGGCGUGGUUGAGUCAGUGUCCUGUUUUAUUGUUAAUAAUAAACAUGUUGAGUG